AUGAUGCACUCACUCACACACUCAGGUCCUACCCUCAGCACCCCCACCACGACACACCCACACGCCCCCCCACCACAACACACCCACACGCCCCCCCCACCACGACACACCCACACGCCCCCCACCACGACACAGCCACACGCCCCCCCACCACGACACACCCACGCCCCCCACCACGACACACACGCCCCCCCACGACACAGCCACGCCCCCCACCACGACACAGCCACACGCCCCCACCACGACACACCCACACGCCCCCCCACCACGACACACCCACACGCCCCCCCCACCACGACACACCCACACGCCCCCCCACCACGACACACCCACACGCCCCCCCACCACGACACACCCACACGCCCCCCCACCACGACACACCCACACGCCCUCCCACCACGACACACCCACACGCCCCCCCCACAGCGGUCAACAGCGGUCACCAGUCCCCCUUCGCCGCGCCGCACAACAACCACAGCCACACAGCACUACCACAGCGGUCACCAGUACCUCUCCACACCCCCGCCAAACUCAUAA